AUGUCAGGCUUCUAAUGGCGACUGUCUAUCUGAGUUUCGGUGGUUGCUGAAUUAUUAGAUCAGACUGUGACAUUUUCGAUAUUUUAUUGUCAGUAAUGCGCCAUGGUCUGCAAAGAAGAGGUUUGUUCUUGGUUUAUAGAACUAAAUGGAUCAAAAAGAGUAGAUUUAAUGUGUGGAUUACUUAACAUGUGUUUACCGUUGGAGUUGAGAUUUUUCGGAACGUGUCUGGAAGAGCUGGGAAGGAAGGACUUCUACCACUUUAGGGAUGUAGAGCAGAAAGCUAACAACGAGAAAGAUAUAAAAGAUCUCAGUAUUCAUAAUAUAAGAGAUAAUGUUACAAGAAGCAAAUUAAUUGUGUAUUUAGCAAUGCUUAAUUCAUCUAAUCCUGCUUGUUCUAAUACAUUCUACAAAAUACUGACUGGUUUUAAACGAGAAACACUUAUUGACUUGGUGUCAAACGAAGAGGUUGCUGGUGAGAUUCUACUGUUACUUACUAUGGCUGUACAUCACCCCGCCUUUACAUUCGAGCAAAAGUCUGUUCUUGCAGAUCAACUUGCCUGGGUAGAAAAAGUUGUUGGAAAUGAAGUAAAUGAGUUUCAGUCAACAAAGAAGUUACCUGUAAACCCUUUAUCAAGUGCAAUUUCUACAGUUUGUAAUGCAAAUACAUCAGUUCCCACUGCAGUAUCUUUAGCAUCUUCUGUAACCCAUCUAAUGCCUGCUGAAACAGUUGCCCUGGCUAAGAACAUCACCACUGUUGUUACAAGUACUUGUCCAUUAGUGUAUCCAGAAAGAUUUAAACCUGAUCACUGUCCAAGAGCUAGAAUCUCAAAUCUGGAAGUGAAAGGUGUUCAUAACAGAAAGUCCUACAGGAUACAGGUGACAUGGGCCAGAAAGACCACAGAAAUACUGAAAACUAACCAAGAAAUGUUUAAUUUUCAUCAAAAAUUGCUUCAACAUCUGUAUCAAGAUUUCACUCUUAGUGAAGGGAGAAGAAAUGCACCACAGCUACCAGGUUACUGUUCGAGUAAUCACCAUGAGAUAACUGAUGAAAUGGCUACAGAAAUGGCAGAGUACUUACGGCAAGUAGUUUUCAAAAUGCCCAUUGCACUGUUGGAGAGUGAGUUCAUGUUGAACUUCUUUCAAGUUGCUUCAAACAACCCCCAGUCCAACACUCAGAUAUCAAAUCAAGUUUCUGGCAACUUCAAAGGACAGGUUAACACCCAUGAUAAUUCACGGCUGCGAUCUUUUACAGUGUACAAUUCUCACAUGUCGGACAGCCCUUCACACAGCAGCACAGAUGGUCGACACUGUAGCCCUUCUUCAGCUAAUUCAGUGUCUCAACAACAGAAACAAUUAGGCUCUGACAUUAAUAGAACUCUCAACAGGGUACAGCCUCCAGCACAGUCCUCCCCCACUACUUCUCCUCUUUCAUCUCCAAAAUCAUCACCAUAUGUGUCCCCUCCUCAUUCUGGUACUAGCUCUAGGUCUGCAUCACCCUGGACGUCACGAAUCUCCUUGGCUGGUGAUCGGGGAUCUUCCUCCACUGGUAUGGAUUCAAAUGACAUUCAGUCUUUGGAACAACUUUUGAAGAAAGAAGGGCUGCGCAAGUAUAUCCAAAAUCUUCGUGGUUACACGAUAGAAAAGCUUCAGAAUUUGAAUGAACUUGACUUGAAAGGUAUUGGCUUGACCAUGGGUGCAGCUCGAAAACUAAAAAAAGCUCUUUAUGGAUUCAGGCCAGUUUAUCUACCAAAUGGUAUUGUUAAUCACUCCUACAGUGCUUCUGUGAGUAACAAUCAGUGCUCACAUGGUGCUCCAGCAGGACCAACAUUUCCACACCCCAAUAGUGAGAGUUCUCCCUCUUGCUCUGUAGAUUCCAGUCCAUCACCUAGUCCUCCGUCUUUGGAGGCUUGUCGGCUUCGAAGUCCCACUAGCUCAAGUUCUGAAGAAAGUCUUCCUAGUAAAGGACAUCCAGUCCAAAAAUCAGACAAUGCUAGAAAUGUAGAAGGUGUUUCUAAAACAUCUAACAGUCCAUACAACAGAGCACAGCAAGGUGGGUUUCAUUCCAAGCAUAACAAGAAGCCUGCAGAAAAGGAUGAUUGUUACUUAAAUGGACGUGAAGGGGGUGAUAGUCUCAAAAAUGUGACAAACUACGGAAUGACUGUUCCGUUUCUUUUUCCAUCUCCUGAUAUACAUCCUCCAAAGCCCAACUCUUUGCCAUUGUUUACAAGAGCUGCAGCUACUCCCACACACAUUGGAGCUGGAACAAUCAUCAUAGAGAACAGUCAGAUCAACAGAAAUCAUCUGGCAUUUCUUCCUUCAAAUCCUCCUCAUCGAUCUCAUAACAGCACUCCUGAACGAACUGUGAAUCCCCCAGUCUCAUUUUCUGGUGGCUUGACUUUUUAUCAGUUCCCUUUGAUAACUUCUGGAGGUGCAUCUGUUACUACAACAGCACGCAGUUUUGUCACCUAUCUUGGCCAUUCCAGUGUUACUGUGACAACAGUAGGAAGUGGGAAGUUUGGCUCCAAAACUGUGGACACAACUAACACCAAGCAAGUGCCUGACCCUAUGCCCAAUGUCUAUCAUUUGUCCCCGUGUGUGGUGCCACCUCCAAAUCCAGGUGCUGCCGUCCAGUCAAACGGAGCAGUAAUCUCAACAGCUAGUGUUAAUACGUCUACUGUGGCAAGUAGCACAGUUACAACUAGUCUUAAUAAUACCCCUGCAUCCAUCCAUACUCCACCCCCACCUCCUACUAGUCUCCCAUACACGUAUUUCCUUCCUCAUUUUCUUCCCCAAGCAUUUCCUUUUGUAGCAGCCCAUAAUAACUCUCCUGCCAAUGGAUUUGUCUCACCAAAUUUGCAUGUACCACCCCCUAACCCUAAUUUUCCUUUUCACCUUCCUAAUGGUAUGAAUGCUGCAGUAUCCCCUGAAAUGGUAUAUCCUCCUCAGGGUUUCCCAUUACCAUCCCCUUCAGGACCACCACCCCCAACACCUUCUGUUACUCCUUAUCUGGGAUAUCUUGGGAGUGGUUCUAGCUAUCCCCACAAUCAGUCAGUACCUCUUCCUGCCCUCAGUAAACCAGUGACUUGUUAUAACUGUGGUGCUAUUGGCCACAGAGGAAACGAAUGUAAAAGUGCCACUCUAGAUGAAAUGACCAAAUCAGGUCAUUUCAGACUUCAUUUUACACCAUCUGCCAAAACAACAGAGUCAAGUGCGUAGUGAUGGGUAAAAGUUAAAAGACCCAUAAACUUGAACUUACAGGACUCAUGCAGUGAUCAAAAACAUUAGCGUUUAAAUACAUUUGAUUGUGAAGUAGAUUAAAAAAAGAUGUUUUUGUUCACUUCUUUGACAAGGAACGUGAAGCAGCUGUGUACUUGUGAAAAUGAAACUUUUGUGAUUAUAUAUGUUUCAGCAUGAAACCAGGCACUUUUAAAAGUACUUGAACAGCAA